GUCAUCUCUCCUAUUAUACCAAAUUUCCUUCCCUCGCACACUCCUCCUCCUCGCACCCCCUACCAUCCAAAGUCAAUCCGAAUUAAAGCUCGGAUUAAUAAAGCUCCCUCACAACUGGUUUUCCACAAUUGAGCGAAAUAAUCACUGAAUUCGGGCUGCUUGAAGUUUUGUUGAACCUAACUGAACCUUUCACAAGCAUCAUCCAGCUCCCUCUUCGAUCAACAUGUCUGUCAACGCUAAAGUAAAGUCUGCCCUCUCGGGGGAUACACUUAUACUCAAGUCCAUAAAAUCUGCUGGUCUGGAGAAAACCCUAGCUCUAGCUUAUGUUUCCGCUCCAAGAAUGAAGCAUGAAGGGGACGAGCCCUUUGCUUUUCAAUCUCGUGAUUUCCUACGCAAGGCCACAGUUGGAAAGGAAGUCAAGUUUGAGGUUCUAUACUCCGUUCCCAAUACCAACAGGGAAUAUGGACUGGUCCUAUUGCCCAAUGGGGAGAGUCUGCUUGAGAAGGCUGUCUCUGCUGGAUGGGUUAAGGUCCGUGAGGAUGCGGGAAAACGUGAAAACCAACCUGAUAGUGGAGCUGUGAUUGAGAAGCUGAAGGCGUUGGAAAACACCGCAAGGACUGAAGGAAACGGUAUCUGGGAUACCUCUGACGAUGGAAGGAUAGAGUCCAAGUACGAAUCUCCUCCUGCGAGCGAAGCUGUGGCUUUUCUUGACGAGCACAAGGGACGGGUUGUUUCAGGGAUCAUUGAGAGAGUUAUUACUGGAGAUAGGGUUACUGUUAGGCUCUUGUUCCAACCUAAACUUCAUCAGCAACUCGUUGUUCUCAUCGCCGGUGUGAAGACACCUUUGACGAAGCGUGUAGACGCAUCUGGGAACGAGCAGCUAGCGGAAGAAUAUGGGGAGGAAGCCAAGAACUUUGUCGAGUCUCGUUUGCUACAACGUUCCGUUGAUGUCACCUUACUCGGUUUGAGUCCGCAGUCUCAAUUUAUAGGAAACGUCAUCCAUCCACAAGGUGGAAAUAUUGCUGAGGCUCUUCUUAAGCAAGGUCUUGGUAGAUGUCUGGACUUUCACAGCACCAUGAUUGGGUCUUCUAUGAGUAGGCUUAGAACUGCAGAGAAGCACGCUAGGGAAAAUAAGCUCCAUUUGUGGAAGAACCAUGUUGUCAAGGCCCCAACUAGUGGUGCCCGCGAUGCUACUGUUACCAGGGUUAUGAAUGCCGAUACACUUUUUGUUCGAAAUAAGGCCGGUGUCGAGAAGAAGAUUAAUCUUUCUAGUGUUCGACAACCGAAACCUACAGAUCCUAAGCAGGCACCUUUCCAGACUGAGGCUAAGGAAUUUCUGAGGAAGAAACUAAUUGGCAAACAUGUUACUGUCACCAUUGAUGGAAAACGCGCUGCUACCGAAGGAUACGAUGAGCGUGAAAUGGCAACUGUCAUCUUCAGCAAUAAGAAUGUUGCUCUCUCGCUUGUUGAAAAUGGAUGGGCAAGUGUUAUUAGACAUAGGAGGGAGGAUGACGAUCGUUCACCUAUUUAUGAUCAACUUCUUGCGGCCGAGGAAGCAGCGCAGAAAGACCAGAAGGGAAUGUAUGCCCCAAAGCCGCCUGCAUCUUCCAAGCUUGCCGAAGUUUCAGAAAACAUCACAAAAGCAAAGGCCUACCUUUCAUUUCUCCAACGCCAGAAGCGUGUUCCUGCAGUGGUAGACUUUGUUUCUUCGGGAUCCAGAUUUAAAGUCAUCCUUCCACGUGAGAAUGUCCGUCUUACCCUCGUUCUGGGCGGUAUUCGUGCCCCCAGAACUGCUCGCAAUCCAACCGAGGAGUCGGAGCCCUUUGGUCCGGAAGCUCUAGAAUAUGCCUCCAGGCGGUGUAUGCAGAGAGAUGUUGAGAUUGAUGUAACUGAUAUUGAUCGUGUUGGCGGUUUCAUUGGGACAAUGUACGUCAACCGUGAGAACAUUGCCAAGGGACUCGUGGAAGAGGGGCUUGCGGCCGUUCACUAUUAUUCUGCUGAGAGGUCCGGAAAUGCAAACGAGCUUUAUGCUACCGAAAAGAGGGCCAAGGAAGCAAGGAAGGGGCUUUGGCAUGAUUGGUCCCCUGAGAAUGAUGAAGAGAACAGCCAUGAUUCCCCGGGGAACAUUAACACAACUGAGGAAGUCAUCGAACCAAGGACCGAUUAUAGAGAUAUCAUUGUCACCAAUAUUGACGAUCACGGAAGGUUGAAGGUUCAGGUUGUGGGAACUGGGACUUCAGCGCUCGAGGAAAUGAUGACUGCCUUUAAGAAUUUCCAUCUUUUGCCCCAGAACAACAAGGGACUGGAGGGGCCGCCUCGGGUUGGUGAAUUGGUCGCAGCGAAGUUUACAGACGAUAACUCCUUCUAUCGCGCCCGCGUCCGUCAUGUCAAUCGUGAGGCUAAGGAGGUUGAAGUGAUGUACAUUGAUUACGGUAAUUCUGAGAAGCUGCCGUUUUCGAGACUUCGUCCUUUAUCCCAGCCUCAGUUUCAGCCUACCAAGUUGAUGCCUCAGGCCAUGGAUGCAUCGCUCUCAUUUAUCCAAUUUCCUACCGCCCUCCACUACGCUCAGGAGUCUGUCGACGCGCUUGGUCAGAUGACCAAUGGGAAGCAAUUAGUUGCUAACGUUGAUUAUAUCGGCUCUGAUGGAGCACUCUACCUCACCUUGUAUGAUCCUAAGGAGAGCGAUCGCUCAGAGAGCAGCAUUAACGCAGAGUUGGUAUCUGAGGGGUUAGCCAUGGUUGCCCUGAAACUGAGACCCUUUGAAAGGGCGUACCCAGCCAAGCUCAACACUCUCAAAGAGAGGGAAGCCUUGGCCAAGGAGGAGAGGAAAGGGAUGUGGGAGUAUGGAGAUAUUACCGAGGACUAAGCCAGCCUUCAAACAAUUUCGCUGGUUUCCCUUCCUACUUUCUGUUUACAUAUCGGGUUGAAAAAUUUUCGUUCCAGGGAUUUCAAGUCACGCAUGAUUUCCAGGUUGCUUGAGUGAGGGGUUGAAAGGCAAAAGGUGUAAUGGUCUUUUUUUUCCACUGUAUAUCAUAAUCAAUUGGAGUUGACUUGCGUG